AUCAACCGUGACCGGACCGGAUGAUACCAUCUCAGCCAAGCUACCGGGGGGGGGUGCUCCCCUUUAGCAUCCACGCAAAACAACUCAUCCUCACACCGUGUAAUCAGCGUAAUCUGGGUUUGAAACCAUGUGAAAUCUUUUUUUUUUUUGCCCAUCAUCCUCUUGUGUGCACUUGGCAAGGUAAGCACAAAUAACUGCGUUGGUAUGCUCCUUGCCUGCCUUCCACUCAGAACAAAGCACGAGAGAGAGAGUGAGAGAGAGGAGAGAAGAAAUGUCUCACUGACUCUGUCGCCUGGACGACCAGCGGCGAGCAGAAGAGAGCAGUGAGAGACGCCAGUGCAAAAAGCAAAACAAAGGGGAAGGCAAAUAUUUGCAUUGGAGGAGUUUUGGUUUGCAUGCUUGAUGAUUGAUGACAAUAAGCGGCACCUUUCAGGAGCAGCAGCAGGAUGAUGAUGAUGAUGAUGAUGAUGAUGAGACCGCAAAGCGCACAUUGCAUGUGGACCCAGAAGGCCUGAAUGAACCCCCAUGAGACCCUCCUCUCAUCAACCUCAUGUUUUUGAGCCAUGAAUGGGCCAAUACACAGCAUUUGAGAGCAGAGACAACGACUUGAUUCUUCAUUUUUGAAGCCUCGUUGAGAAUGAAAGACUGACUUUUGAUUCAAAUUUGCCAGAUAUCAAGAAUGGACGAGGACGAUGAGGAGCUGUUGUUUCGCGCAAGCCGGGGAGGAGAGCAGGUGGAAGAUUUGAGGCAUGGGGUGCUACGGGGGCCCUGGAGGGCCGUGGCCUGGAUCUACACGCGGCCCUGGGCCAGCGGGGUGGUCCUCGGGGGCUUUGCCCUCCUUCCUUGCACCUUGUUUGCCUUCAUGCUCCUCUACUGCCCGCCUCUGGACAUCGACCUCUCCUACAGCGCCUUCGAGGUUCACAGUCACUUCUCCGCCGAGCGGUUCGACGCCCUCGCCAUGGCGGUGAAGACCCAGCUCGGCUCCUGGAACAGACGGAGGAGGGAGUCGGACGGCGGCGAGGCCCUGCGGGAGCUGCUGAUGGAGAAGCUGGGCAACAACGGGACGCUCCGCAAAGCCUCCGCGAAAGGAGAUCGAGCGUCGUCUCAUCGGAGACGACGCUCGGCUCCCGACUACUACCUCCAGAGUCAGGCGCUGUGGAGAAUCGAGUUGGUGUUUGUGGCUCAGGGCGACGGCGAGCGCAACAUCUUCACCCCCGAGCGCUUGCGCACCAUCCACGAGGUGGAGCGGCUCCUCAUGCAGCACCCGCGCUUCCCUCAGUUCUGCUGGAAGCCCAUGGAGGCCUUGAGGGACCUCCCGCUGGGGCCGUCGUUCUGCUCUCCGCCCAGCUCGCUCCUGUCUUACCUCUACCCCAGCGAGCGAGGAGGGAAGAUCUACUACGACGGAAUGGGUCCGGAUCUGGCUGACAUUCAAGGUUCGUUGAGUCUGGCCAUCACUCACCCUCAGUUCUACUGGUACGUGGAUGAGAGCCUCUCCCCCGAGAAUCUCUCCUCCUCCCUCCUGCGAAGCGAAAUCCACUUCGGCGCCCCUCUCCCGUCUUACUACUCCGUGGAGGACCGAGCCGACGAGCAGAGGAGUCACUUCAAAACCUUUGCGGUGCAGUACGCCGAUAUCCUGGCCAAGCAGUCCACCAGCCAGGUGAAGGUUCUCUACGGGGGGACGGAGCUGUUUGACCAUGAAGUCAGGCACACCUUCAGGAAGGAUAUGAUGCUGGCGGUCAUCAGUGGAGGCUGCAUCACCGUGCUGGUCUACAUCCUGACCUCUUUCUCAGCCUUUCUGACCUUCUUCGGCCUGGCCAGCAUCGCUCUGAGUUGCCUGAUGGCUCUUUUCUUGUACCACGUGGUGUUCGGCGUCAGGUACCUGGGCAUUCUCAACGGAGUGGCCGCCUUUGUCAUUAUCGGAAUCGGGGUGGAUGACGUGUUUGUGUUCAUCAACACCUUCCGACAGGCGGCCCAUCUGGGUCAUCCGCGGCAGCGGAUGGUCUACACCGUCAAGACAGCCGGGCGGGCCACGUUCCUCACCUCCUUCACCACGGCGGCCGCCUACGCUGCCAACGCCUUCUCCAAGAUCCCAGCUGUGCACGACUUUGGCCUGUUCAUGGCCCUCAUCGUCAGCUGCUGCUGGCUUUGGGUUUGCGUGCUGAUGCCGGCCGCCUUGUGUAUCUGGUCGCGGCGUGUGGAAGCCCACGAGCACGAAGGCUUUCACUGCUGCAAAUGGUCUACAAUCCACGGCCCUUUGUCGGACGACGAUGACGACGUGGCCCUGCUGUCGGUGGAGAUGGAGCCAGAUCCCCUCGAGGCUGAUGGCGACGCGGGCAUUCUUUUCCUGUCACCGGAGACACCGCUGAACCCUGUGGGGCAGCAACACCAAGGUGUGGUCAGCGCCAAACUUCAGUGGGCUCUCGCGCAUUGGGUGGUCCAGCCAACUGUGGACAGGAGGAAAACCAUUCUAGGCCUCUUUCUGGUGCUCUUCCUUGCAUCUGCGUGCUGUUGCUGCCUCCUGAAGCCAGCCUCCCACGCCCCCUUGCUCUUCCGCCAGGACACCAACCUUCAGACUCUUCUGGCUCUCAGGAGCAACCUCAGCAGUCAAGGGAUCUCCUGCCCCAUGUGCUCAGGUGUGUUCAUGGAGAAGCCGCACUCUUUGCACAAUCGUAGCUCCUCGUCAACGAUCCGAACAUGGACGCAUGAGCGGGCCCGCGGCGCAGCGGCGAGCACCUCAACGGCGCCUCCCAACACAGCCGCAAGCAUCAACCAAACCGGCUUACGACUCACAGUGUUUAUAUCCAAAUUGGAGCUGAGAAGCUCAACCAGAGUUUACCGCUUCUCCCUCAACGCCACGACUCCUUCCCCGUGGACGCUUUGCGGCUCGGAGCGCGAGCAGGUGUCUUCCUUUCAGGCCUUUAGUCGUCCGUGGCGGAAUUACACUCGAAGGAUGACGGUGUGCGUAUCCCACGACUACUACCCAUACCCGAGCUGGAUGAUCACGUUUGGGUCGUGCGACCGGCGCCACAGCUGGAUGCCCGAGUUUUCUUUCUAUGUGGCGACGGCGGCGCAACAGCACAGCAGGAAACUGCAUUUUGCUCAGCACAAACUGAGGCCUCAUCCUACUCGAGUGUGCGUGAGCCCGCCUGGCUGCGGCGUCGGCGGCACGCCCGAUGGACCCGCGCGGGGAACCUUUUACGCUCCUCUUCCCGGAGAUUCCACCACUGCAGCGCCAGAGAAGGCAUCCAAGAUGUUUGGCUUCAACCCGUGCACGGGCGGCGCCUGCGGCCGACCGGCCGUGCGUCCUCUGGUCGACACGGGCGCCAUGGUCUUUGUGGUUUUCGGCAUCUUGGGAGUUAAUCGAACGCAGCGCGGGGGCAAUCACGUUAUCGGAGACCUUGGCAACGCCAUAUUGGAUCCGGACUUUGAUAUUUUCCAAGAAAUGGGAUACCUGUGCAAGAUUUGUAAAGCUGUUAGUGCAAAUAAACAACUCGUAAAGCCCGGAGGAGCACAAUGUCUGCCCUCAGGUAAUAAGCUGUCCAGCGUUCUGCCUCUGCUGCAUCCGGACUGCCGCGCUCUGCCGGAGCCCAACCUGCUCCCGGGUCAGCUCUCUCACGGAGCGGUGGGAACGCACGGCGGGAAGGUCCGAUGGCUCUCCAUGGCCUUUGAGUCCACCACCUACAAGGGCAAGUCGUCUUUCCAGACCUACUCCGACUUCCUCCGGUGGGAGACCUUCAUCCAGGAGCAACUCUCUACUCUGCCGCAGUCUUCGGCCUUGAGGCGAGGCUUCCAGACCUGUGAGCACUGGAAGCAGAUCUUCAUGGAGAUCAUAAGUGUUGAGAGCGCCCUCUGGAGUCUGCUCCUGUCCCUGGUCAUCUGCGUGGCUGCCGUCUCUGUUUUUACCGCUCAUCUUCUUCUCCUGCUUCCAGUCCUCCUAACCAUCCUGGGGGUGAUCUGCGUGGUGGGCGCCAUCAUGUACUGGUUGGGCUGGGAGUUGGGAGCUGUGGAGGCUAUUUCGCUGUCCAUCCUGGUGGGAUCUUCUGUGGAUUACUGUCUGCACCUGGUGGAAGGAUACAUGCUGGCUGGAGAGACGCCACCUUCUCCCGCAGGACUCGGCAACGAGACCGCGGCUCGGAGGCAGAGACGCUGCGUGGAGGCAGUCAAGCAUGUGGGCGUUGCCAUAGUGUCCAGCGCUGUUACCACGGUGAUCUCCACCCUCCCCCUCUUCUUCUGCGUCAUCGUGCCUUUCGCCAAGUUCGGACAGAUUGUGGCCAUCAACACCACCGUGUCCAUUUUGUUCACGCUGACGGUGACCGUGGCCACCCUGGCCAGCGCCGCGCCCGUCCACUUCAGCAGGACGCCCGGCGGCGUGCUGAAGGCCGCCGUGGCCGUGCUGGCGCUGGUGAGCGCGGGGGGAGCCGUGUGGUGGGUGGGCGGGGGGACCACGCUGAGAAGCACUGUCUAA